AUGGCUAGCUACCACCAUGAACUCAAGCAGCCAAGAGUGACACAACAAAUACCAACCAGAAGCCCUCGAUUCACUGCUUAUUCGCACGACUCCGACCAGAUGUCAGGCAAUGGGAUGAGCGGGGUCUUCACCCCUGUGAUUCAGGGCAAGGACCAGCAGUCCAGCAUGAACAGCAUGCAGAACCAUAACACGGGCAACAGCACAACUGUACCUGUAACUGGCUUGUCCUUCACCGGUGGCGCCGUCUUAAGUGGUAACUCAGUUAACGUACCACCUCCGCCACAGAUAAUUAUUUCUUAG